UCAAUUUAGCCCUAUCCAUAUAGACCUCUUCCCAUGAGUGUAAAUGGUUAAAAUUCCAGAAAACUGUUGGAGGAUUCUGGAUUUCCUGCUUAUUCCCUCCUGAUUUCUAUGAAUCUACCAACCAGGGUUUUUGGAAAACAUCCAGAUUGAGAAAGAUACCGGAAUUUAGCAACCUUAUUGACAACUAAAUCAAAUAUUAACUCCAUUUGGAUGUUGAACUGGUCUUUGCCCAGUCUGUCAUAGAGACUAGAGCACGAUACUGAACAGAUACUUUACUGAGGAAAAAUGAAGCAUUGUUUUCUCCUGAUGAUGAUCCAUCUACUGAUGGUGCAACUGCCUCAAUUUGUAAAAGCAUUACAAGAAAAUGGGCAUGCAGAGUCUUGAACGGUUUGGAGAGGCUGAGAAACAGGGCCAGUUUCAUUGCCAAAAGCUGUAAGGAAAUAAGAGACAGAUAUGACCAAAAAGAAGAUGGGCUGUACUACCUCACCACAGCCAACGGGGGUGGUCUACCAGACCUUCUGCGACAUGACUACUGCUGGCGGUGGCUGGACACUUGUGGCGAGCGUGCACGAGAACAACAUGUAUGGGAAGUGCACAGUGGGUGACCGGUGGUCCAGCCAGCAAGGCAGCAACCCUAACUGGCCAGACGGAGAUGGAAACUGGGCCAACAUGGUUACUUUUGGAACCACAGAUGGUGCCACCUCAGAUGACUUCAAAAAUCCUGGGUAUUAUGACAUUGUGGCAGAAGACAUGUCGCUGUGGCACGUUCCCAACAACUCCCCUAUGGAACACUGGAACAUAGCCGCCAUCCUCCGCUACCACACAGAGAGACGCUUUCUCACCAUUUAUGGGGGAAACCUGCACCAACUCUUUAAGCUCUACCCAGUGAGAUAUAAUGCUGGGGCAUGUGGCAACACAGGACCUGCCAUUCCAAUCGUGUAUGACUUUGGGAACAUAGAGACCACCAGAAAUUUUUACGGGCCCAACAUAAGAAACGAGUUUGAGCCUGGCUUCAUUACUUUCAGACCAAUAAAUAAUGAACGUGCAGCCAUGGCUAUCUGCUCUGGGGUCAAACCAAAGCCAAACACUCUCUGCGACACUGAACAUUACUGUAUUGGUGGUGGUGGACACUUCCCUGAGCAGGCCCCUCGUCAGUGUGGUGACUUCCCAGGCUUUGACUGGAAUGGCUAUGGUACCAACACAGAAUGGAGUUCAUCAAAGGAGAUUACUGAAGCAGCUGUGUUACUCUUCUACCGUUAAAAUCCAUUCUAUUGAUUAUCAAUAUACAUACAUCAAGAUACAUUUAGUUAAUACUGAUGCUUAUACUAUAAUCAACAUCACAGCACUAUGAUUUGCAUUUGUUUAGUCUAUAAAUUCCGAAUACAUACGUAUCGUAUUUCCCUGUUUUCAAAUUGAAAAUCAGUUAGUUCCACAGAAAAGGUCUACCCACAAAGAAGAAGAAUCCCUUUUGGAAGAUGAAAAUGUUGGCAUUGGCAAUCACUUCUCACAAACAAUACUGUACAGGUUGCAUCCGUAUGCUUUAUAAAUACAAACGUCAAAUUGACAUUGCUGAUGCAAAACAAGUUAUUUCGUACCACAUGCCCUGUUAUAUUUUUUGACCAUCAUACCAGUAUAAGGAUGCAUAGUGUGCUACCUAUACCAGUCGCUCCCAAUAGGUGUACCAUGAGCUCUGUAUCUGGUCCUUAGAUUGCCCUUUGUAACUCUACUGGCUCUAUUGUAUCUUCAGCUCCUCUGUUACGUGCCAACCUGGACGACCAGCUCCACAUGUUGCUGCCUCCCAAAAAGUACAUUUUUCGUACAGCUCUGAUUCACAUGAGUAUUUUCAUUCCAUGUUACCAAUUCUUACCAAUUUGUACUAUAGAAUGUACUGUACCGAAGAAAUGGGGCCUACUUUCUUAGAUACAAAGUGCCAGGGUCUUAGGUUUUGUUGUCACACUCUGUUCAUUAACCAUCUGGGCUGGAUGGAGGAAAUGUGUUCAUAAUAAAUCAAUCAAAUGUA